CCACUGCCUAUCGAUAGCGCAACAAGUUCUGCGGCAGCUGUGUUUGUUUGUUAAAAUUGUUUCGUUUAAAUAAUAUUAAUAGUUUAAAAUGCUGCGUUCGAAAGUCCUGAGUUUGGUGACCCGUAGUGGCUCCAACCGCCUGAUGUCCACCGCCACUAAGUUGACCACAGUGGAGGUCAACGACAAGACCGGAAUCGCCACCCUCACAAUGAACCGCCCACCCGUAAAUGGGCUCAACUUGGAACUGCUGCAGGAUCUGAAGAGCUCUAUCGAUGAAAUCGAAGGCAACAAAAGCCGCGGACUCAUUCUGACUUCGGCUAGUUCGACGAUAUUCUCCGCUGGCUUGGAUAUCCUGGAGAUGUACAAACCGGAUAAGGACAGGAUUCGGGCCUUCUGGACUCAAUUGCAAGAGACAUGGCUGGCACUGUAUGGCAGCAGUGUUCCCACAGCAGCGGCCAUCAAUGGCCACUCCCCCGCCGGCGGAUGCCUACUGGCUACUUCCUGCGAGUACCGAGUCAUGUUGCCAAAAUUCACAAUCGGCCUGAAUGAAACACAACUGGGCAUUGUGGCACCCAAGUGGUUCAUGUCCACCUUCCUCAGUGUCUUGCCACAACGGGAGGCGGAGCGCGCCCUCAACCAAGGACGCAUGUUCACCACAGAGGAAGCCCUGAAGGUGGGCCUCAUCGAUGAGACGGCCAACAGCAAGGAGGAGGCCAUUGAAAAGUGCACCGCCUUCAUUGGCACCUUUGCCAAGGUCAAUCCGCUGGCUAGGUCACUGACCAAGCAACAAUUCCGGGCUGCCGAUCUCCAGCAGCUGGAGAACGAGCGGAAGGACGAUCUGGAGAAGUUCCUCUUCUUUGUGAACCAGCCAGCGGUGCAAAAGGGUCUGGGCAUUUAUCUCGAGGGUCUGAAGAAGAAGGCCAAGAAGCAAUAAACAAAGGAUUUUAUAUUUUUUUUAUUUUGUAAUAAUAAUAAAAGCAUUUUGAAUUCAA